GCGGGAGCGGAGCGCGGGGGUUUAUAACGCGCUGCCCCGCCAGCCUCAGCGUACAUCGCGCUGAGACUUUGAAGUGCCGUGUGGACCCUGCAGCUCCGGAGUACUGGACAAAAUGGCAUCCGAUGAGGGAAAGCUCUUCGUUGGUGGUCUGAGUUUUGACACUAACGAGCAGUCAUUGGAACAAGUUUUCUCUAAAUACGGACAGAUCUCUGAAGUCGUUGUGGUGAAAGACAGAGAGACUCAAAGAUCCAGAGGUUUUGGCUUUGUUACUUUUGAAAACAUAGAUGAUGCUAAAGAUGCAAUGAUGGCUAUGAAUGGAAAGUCUGUAGAUGGACGUCAAAUCAGAGUUGAUCAGGCUGGAAAAUCGUCAGAGAACAGAUCUCGUGGAUACAGAGGGGGAUCUUCUGGGGGCAGAGGCUUUUUCCGUGGAGGCAGAGGUCGGGGCCGUGGCUUCUCUAGAGGAGGUGGAGACAGAGGCUAUGGCGGAAGCAGAUUUGAUUCCAGAAGUGGAGGGUAUAAUGGCUCCAGAGACUACUAUAAUAGCAGCAGGAGUCAAGGUGGUUACGGUGACAGGUCUUCGGGAGGAUCUUACAGAGACAGCUAUGACAGUUACGCUACACACAACGAGUAAAAAUCCUUCCUGACUCAAGAUCGUCCUUCCAAUGGCUGUAUUUAUAAAGAUUUUUGGAGCUUCGCUGAAAUCGUUAUUGUGUAGUACAUCUACUUGUAUUUUCACUUUUGUAGUAUUAUCAGUUCUAAUCUUGUCAAACACAGCCUGACAGCUUCUGAUAUAAGAUGGUCUAAUUAGACUUUUCUUUAAGAAAGCUCUGCUUUCAAGUGUUUUUAAUCUUUUUUGAAAGCACUUCAGACUUUAUUUUAUCCUUCAUGAUGAGCCAAGGUGUUUUUUUAAAAGUUGUGAAGUUGGGGCCCCAAUUCAGUUUCUUUUGAGAUAGAAAGGACCUUUAAUUCAAUGUUCACUGGAAGCUGAACAAGCUGUGGACUUUUUUUUUUUUUUUUUUUUAAGUGCAUUACCUUCGUCUUUUGUAACAUUCCUUUAGUGUAGCAAGGUAGGAAUGCAGCCUGGGUACAAAUUGGAAGGCAAACCACCUUGAUAUAUCUAAAGAGAAACUUGCUUGUAUGUUCAACUUGCAUAACGGUAUUUUUACUGUUGUAAUGAUGUAAAUUACCCAGAAAUAGACUUGCAAACUUACCAUAAAAGAGGUUCUUGAAAAUGUUUAUUUAUAUUGUCCUUUUUUACUGGAAGAAAUAUGCAUAUUCCAUUGAUAUUGUAUUUGAAGUGGUAAAGGAUUCUUGUAUACAGUUUUCUUUGGCUUUACGAAGCCUAUUAAAAGACCGUCUGAAAUGAA